UCCGCCUGGGUUUCCUUUAUGAUCUCAGGAUCACCCCCAUCCUACGGCAGACACAGACAAACACACACUGUUUACACUCUGCACUCUUCCUCCAGCUGCUUCCCGCCUGGACGGUGCGACAGCACCCCUGCCCAGUCUUAAACCACUCUGUUUCGUGGAUAUUCAGAGGAUUUUGGUGCUAUUACUCGAACUAGGAUCGCUUCUGUCUCUGUCGUCUGUUAUUCAGCUCGAACUUCUGUGCCAUCAUGUCCGAGGUUCUGCCGUACAAUGAGGGGAAGAUGAGCGGCUACGGAGCGGACAACGACGUUAGCCAGAUGUCCUUCAGCUGCGGGCUGCAAGACUCGAGCUCGUUUUUCGGGGCGUCGCAGGCGAAAAGACCCCCAAAACUCGGCCAGAUUGGCAGAGCAAAGAGAGUGGUCAUCGAGGACGACCGAAUAGACGAGGUCUUGAAGGGAAUGACGGACAAAGCGUCACCGGGCGUCUAAAGCUCCAGCGACGACUCGCAGACAUUAAAUUUUUUAAAAGAUCACCGGUUUGAAGCAGUGGUCGGCUGUGCGUGAAUGAGGGAGGACGGAGAGACACGAAGCG